AUGAAAGAUCUAUCGGAAGAUAGUUCAGGUAAGCUAGAUAAUGGAUAUGGAUGUGCUAUCACAAACCGCUUUGGCCAGCUUCUUGGCGACGAGUCCGAUCCUUUCGACAUCCUGCAUGAGGCGCAAUUAGAAGUACAACAGAAGAAAAAGAAAGAUGUGGCAAACAAGGCCUCAUCAAAUAAAGCUGGAAAGAAGGAAUCUCAGAGAGAGAGGAGGACCUUAGUCCCAAUAACAGGCCAGAAAAGUUCCGCCCAGGUUGAAAUAGUGAGUCAAGAGAGAGGAGGAAAGCGUGUCACCUUCAAGGAUCGGAAACCAAAUGCUAAGGACGACUCUGUGGGGUUUUCCAUAGAACGACCUUCAGACCAGAUUGAUAGAGCUGGAAGAGGCAGUGGGAGAGGUCGCGGAGGCAGAGGAGGAGGGUUUUUCAAAUCCACGGAUGGCUUUGAUCAGAGGGGCAAGAGAGAGUUUGAACGCCACAGUGGUAGUGAUAGAGCAAGUGUCCGUGCAGAGGAGAAAAGAAGAGGCAGUGGACCACACAACUGGGGAUCCAUGAGGGACCAGAUGAGUGCAGUAGUUGAUGGGGAACCUAGUGAUGAAGUAGGCGAUGAUAUUCAAGCCCCAGAUGCUGAUGGAGAGAACCAUCCUCCAGAAGCUGAAGCAGUGGUUGAGGUUGCCAUAGAGAUGUCCCUCGAUGAGUGGAAGGCCUUGCAGGAGCAAAACAGACCUAAGAAGGAGUUCAACAUCCGAAAAGCAGACACCAGUGUACCCUCCAAAGCUGUUGUCAUCCAUAAGUCCAAACACAUUGAGGGCAAUAGCGAAAGUGAAAUUGUAGUUUACCGCCGUCCUGCCAAUGACAUCACCUCCCAACUGGAGAUAAAUUUUGGUGACCUGGCUCGGCCAUUUCGUGGAGGUAGAGGUGGACGUGGAGGUCGCGGCCGUGGGAACUUUGCGCCUCAAACUGAAAGAUCUCCCCAAAAGUUCAUGGAAGUGGUACCAAAUCCUAAUGACCCAGAAGACUUCCCUGCCCUGGCUUAA